AUGUCGACAUCCAACCUCGAGAUGGACGACUCGUUCCGCGUGCUCUCGCUGCCACCCACCGCUACGGAAGCCGAGAUCAAGAAGGCGUAUCGCAAGCUCUCGUUGCGCUAUCACCCGGACAAGGCAGGCAAAGAUGUCGACCCUGCGAAAGCUGCAGCGCGGUUCCACGAGAUCAACCUGGCGUACGAGACGCUCAUGGACCCGGUCGCGCGCGCACGUGCGGUGCAGCGCAACGCACAAGACGCCGCGAAGCGCGAGCGGCAGCAAGAGUACGAAGGCCGACGACGCCAGAUGGCCGACGAGCUGGAACGCAGCGAGGCAGAAGCGUUGCGCAAUCGGCAAGAUGCCGACAAGGCAGCACGGGAGCGGGCGGCAAAGAUCAUGGAGCUCCAGGCCGAGUCGCGCCGGCUGGUCAAGCGGAAGCAGGACGAGAUCGACGCCAAGGCGCGGCAGAAGCACGAGGCAUCCGCCGAGAAGCGACGCAAGGACGAAGAGCUCGUCAAGACAGAGCGUGAGCCGGAGCUGCAUGCGCUCGACAAGACCGUACGCAUCCAGUUCCCCGCAACCCAGCUCUCGCAUCUGGCUGGAACGCCCGCAGGAUCCAUCGUACCGCCGGAGGUGCCGCUGUCGUCGCCGCUGGCCAAUGCAUUGGCGAACCAGUUUGGAGCGCUGGAGCAUCUGCAGUUCCAGCUUCCGUCGGCAGGCAAGAAGCUCAAGCGCGAGCUGAUGGCGCUCGCCACGUUCAAGACGCUGCGCGACGCGUGGCAGGCGGUAGAAACCGGCGGAGAGAUGCGUUGCACCGGUCUGCUCCAGGAAUGCUUCAUCGGCUGGGCGAACUAUACCAAGGUGCAGCGAGGCGCCGAGUCGGAAGCGAAGGAGAAGGUGUACGUCGAGCCAAAGCGCGUCCGCUGGUACAAGGACCACGGUAUCUCGCGGCCGAGGGAUGUCGGUCGCGUUCGCCCGACCGCUUCAAAUGCUGCAAGAACAGAAAGUGACGCGCCAACAGCGUCGGAGCCGUCGGAUGCGCCACCUUUCGCCUCUCGCGCAGGGGUCUACUCCAAAGCCUACGAGGCACAGACGCUGCAGAGGUUGCGCGAUGCCGCUCGACAGUCGCAAGCGCAAACCGCACAGUAG